AUGGCACCGCCAAAGCUGAGUUAUGGGCUUAACUUGUCCAAAGCUAAUAGCAAGAAGCCUUCAUUCUCGGUAUUUGCUGGCCAGAAACGCAAGAGUCUAUGGGAUGACCCCGACUCAGAUGAGGAAGGCCAAAAGGGCGAUGACAAUGAAUCCAACGCCGUCGAAAUCACAACUUUAGGCGGUCUAUCGCCUUUCCCAGCGAAAUCUAAGCCUUCAAGUUCGGCUGCUGAAGCUCCAUCCAAAAAGAAACCAGCCACAUCACAAUCAUCUGGCACCACGAAAUCGAAAUUCUCCGAAGCCCCCGCGAAGCGCGAAUACACCAACCUUGCGGCUCUACACAGCAGUAAGAAGCAUGCCAACGAAGCUGAAUCCCUUGAUCCAUCAAUAUACGACUACGAUGCUGUAUACGACUCUCUACACGCCAAACCUAAAUCCAAAACCAAUACUUCAAAUGACGACCCAUCUGCGCCGGCGCAAGGGCCAAAAUACAUGACAGCACUUCUCCGUAGUGCAGACACACGGAAGCGGGACCAGCUGAGGGCGCGCGAUAAACUACUUGCCCGCGAACGCGAGGCUGAGGGCGAUGAGUUCGCCGAUAAAGAGAAAUUCGUCACAGCGGCAUACAAGGCUCAGCAGGAGGAGGUCAGGAAGAUAGAAGCUGAGGAAGCCGAGAGGGAGAAGGAAGAAGCCGAGAAGAGGAAGAAAGGGAUGGGGAUGACUGGAUUUUAUAGGGACGUGCUCAAGAGAGAUGAGCAAAGGCAUGAGGAGGUUGUUAAAUUGGCAGAGGAGGCGGUGAAGAAUAGGGCUACUGCAGACAAGGGUAUGGGCGAGGAGGAGGAGACGAAAGAGAAGUCAGCAACGCAGAUAGCGGAGGAACUGAAUGCUAGAGGCGCAAAGAUUGCGGUUAACGAUGAAGGGGAGGUCGUUGACAAGCGGCAGCUGCUUACUGCUGGGCUGAACGUUGUAUCGAAGCCUAAGCCUGCGGCAGGGGUAGCAGGUGCUUCGCGGGCGAAUGCAGCCGCGACAAAAAAUGUUGGAUUUGAUCGUGGUGGCAUUCGCGCUGCGCGUGAGAUGCAACGGGCACGACAGACAGAGAUGCUUACUGAACAGUUGGAGGAGAAGUUACGGAAGGAGAAAGAAGAAGAAGACGCGCGUUUACGAGAGCUGGCGGAGAAGAAUAAGAGCCAGAAAUCACAGACAGACGUCAUGAGUGCGAAGGAGAGGUACCUUGCUCGAAAGAGGGAGAGGGAAAAGGAAAAGGAGAAGCAAAAGGAAGGUGGUGCUUGA